AUGUGGACAGAAAAAGCCGAGGAGCCGGUGGCCGAGAUCGUUCAGGCCCGCCGCUGGAUCGAACAGAAUGCAACAGGGGCUGGUGACCUUUACCUGGGGCACCGUCAGCGCGGUGGAUCGCGAACGCGGCCUGGUGGUGAUCAGCCUCAGGCGUUGAAUACGAGCAAUGUCCGCGGAGGAUAUGGUGGGGUCGAUCUGGCCAGCGGCCGCACCGUCGAGGGGGCAAAAAAACCGUCGUCGGACACCGCCACCCAUCUGGCGCUGUACCGCGAAUUUGCCGAUAUCGGCGGCAUCGUCCACACCCAUUCGCGCCACGCCACCAUCUGGGCGCAGGCGGGCUGGACAUCCCCGCCUGGGACCACCCACGCCGACUAUUUUUAUGGCGCGAUCCCCUGCACUCGCAUGAUGACCCAGGAUGAAAUUGAGCACGAUUACGAACUGGAACCGGCAAGGUGA